AUGGCCAGCGACAAGUCAGAUGCCCAUAAGCAGGAUGCUCAAAUCAAGUCUGCAGACAUGAGCGACGAGAUGCAACAAGAGGCCAUUGAAGUCGCACAAACGGCUAUGGAGCAGUUCACUAUCGAGAAGGACAUUGCCCAGUACAUCAAGAAGGAGUUCGACAGCCGGAAGGGUGCUACAUGGCACUGCAUCGUCGGCCGCAACUUUGGAAGCUUUGUCACGCAUGAGACGAAGCAUUUCAUUUACUUCUACCUCGGUCACUGUGCUAUCUUGCUCUUCAAGACUCAGUAG